AUGAUUGUGGCUUCCAAUACUUCCAACAUGAGCGAAAACUCUCCUUCAAAACAUUUGAAUUUAGGAGAAAGGCGACUUUAUACCCCUAACAACGCUGUAGAACCAUUAAUUACUUCUAAUAUUACGACCACAACCACCACAGAUAGUAUUUUUUCAAAGGACCAUAAUUCAUAUAAACUUCCUAUAAGAUCUCAGUCAGAUCCUAAUAACGUUCACAUAACAAAUAUGACAGCAACUGAAAAAUCUGGCUCUACUUCGCUAUCUUCUUCGCCUACGCAUAAUAAUCUUAUUUUGGAAGAAAAAAAAUCUGUUAGUUUUCCGCCUACAAAUAUUAUAACAAGUCCAUCAAGAUUUGUCAUUUUAGAAGAUGAAAUUGAUGUUAUUGGAGAAAGUGCUGUUGCUUCUAGCGCUAAUGAAGUCGUCGUCGCUGGUAGUGGCAGGUCUUCUUCUUCUUCAUCAAAACGAAGACCAAAUAGUAUGAUAGCUUUGAAUGAAAAUCAAAAUCAAAAUUUACCGCAACGAUCUUUUACUUCUCCAAGUAAAUCUAAAAAACUCAAUUAUGCAUUUUCAGAUGGAGAAUCACAAAUAGAAAAUUAUUCAUCAAAAUCACGUAGUGGUGGUAAUAAUAGAAAAGGUAUGCCUAAACGAAGAAGUACAGUGAGUGAAGAAUACUUUGGGGAGGGGGGGAAAGGGAUAAAUUUUGAUGAGGAAACUCAAAAAAAAGCAGAGAUUGUUAAAAGAAGAUUAUCGAAAAUGAAAAGGCCGGAUAAACCUGAGGAUAAUGACGAGAUGAUGAUUGGUACUAGAAUUGGUGUUGGACAUGUUAACUUUGUUCUUAUGUAUAAUAUGUUGACUGGUAUUCGUGUUGGUGUGUCAAGAUGUAAUGCUAAAAUGCAUAGAGACUUGGAUGAAUCAGAUUUUAAAGCUGCACAUAAAUUUUCAUUUGAUAUAACGGGAAAUGAGCUUACACCAUCAGCUAAAUAUGAUUUUAAAUUCAAGGAUUAUGCACCCUGGGUAUUUCGUCAUCUUCGUGAAUUUUUUCAUAUAGAUGCUGCUGAUUAUUUGGUUUCCCUGACGAGUGAAUAUAUAUUAUCAGAGUUGAAUUCACCAGGAAAAAACACGCUAUUAUCCCGUUUCUAUGGUUUACAUCGAAUAAAAUUACCCCGUGGAUCUAAAAUUCAUUUUGUUGUGAUGAAUAACAUUUUCCCACCUCACCGAGAUAUACACGAAACCUACGAUUUAAAGGGGUCAACUGUUGGGAGAGAAUUUAAUGAAAUAGAAGCAGCCAAAAAUCCAAGAUCCGUGCUUAAAGAUUUGAAUUGGUUAAAUCGUGAGAAACGCUUGGAACUUGGACCAGAAAAAAGAAAAUUAUUUGUUGAACAACUUCAAAAGGAUGUUCAUUUGCUUCAACAUUUAAAUAUUAUGGAUUAUAGUCUCCUUAUAGGAUUACAUUACACAUCACGUGGAAAUAAAGACAGCAUUCGUCAAGAUUUCUUUGUAUUUCAACCUCAUAGUGAAAACUCGAUACCGACUCAUAAAAGAGAAAGUAAGGCAUCCAAGUUAAGAAAAUUAGUGGGACAGGCUGAUCCAGUCAAAUUAGAUCAAUCUACUACAAAAUUAGUUUUAGACGCUAAGAAUGAACGUAAAAAUUGUGUAUUUUAUAUGGAUGAUGGCGGAUUUCGUGCUACUGAUGAACAAAAUAAUCCCACACAAUAUAUUUAUUAUUUGGGUGUUAUUGAUAUUUUAACUCCCUAUAACACUGUUAAAAAAGUCGAGCAUGCUUGGAGAGCUUUAAAUAAUGACAAGAAAAUGAUAUCAGCUGUUAAUCCAGAUUGGUACGGUCAAAGAUUCUUGGAUUUUAUGUUCAAGGCAAUCAAACAUAAUGAUGUAAAAGAAGAAGAGGAAGAAUUAUAG